AUGUCAGAAACUAGUAGUCACUUCUCCUUUCCAAAGGAGGAAGAAAAGAUUUUAGCCCUUUGGGAUGAAAUAGAUGCGUUUCAGACAUCUUUGAAGUUAACAGAAGGUAAACCAGAGUUCUCAUUCUUCGAUGGUCCGCCAUUUGCUACUGGUACACCUCAUUAUGGACAUAUCUUAGCUUCUACCGUUAAGGAUACUAUUACUAGGUAUGCUACCAUGAAAGGUUACCAUGUUGAAAGAAGAUUUGGAUGGGAUACACAUGGAUUACCAAUUGAACAUAUCAUUGACAAGAAAUUAAACAUUACUUGCAAAGAAGAUGUUUAUAAAUUCGGUAUUGAUAACUACAACAAUGAAUGUCGUAAGAUUAUCAUGACUUACGCUGACGAAUGGAGGAAGACUAUAGGUCGUCUGGGUCGUUGGAUUGAUUUUGACAAUGACUACAAGACAAUGUAUCCAACUUUCAUGGAAUCCGUUUGGUGGGCUUUUAAGGAAUUGUAUAAAAAGAACCAAGUAUAUCGUGGUUACCGUGUCAUGCCAUACUCAACUGGAUGUACUACACCUUUGAGUAACUUCGAAGCUCAGCAAAACUAUAAGCUGGUGAAUGAUCCUGCAGUUACCAUUGGUUUUAAUGUUAUUGGGGAAGAAAAAACUCAAUUGGUUGCAUGGACCACCACUCCAUGGACUUUGCCCUCCAACUGUGCAUUGUGUGUUAACGCGGAUUUGGAAUAUGUUAAAAUAUAUGAUGAGAAGAAAGACAAAUACUUCAUCUUGAUGGAAUCUUUGAUCAAAACAUUGUACAAGAAGCCAGCGUCAGAAAAAUAUAAGGUCGUUGAACGAUUCCCGGGUAAGGAUUUGGUUGGCCUAAAGUAUGAACCGCUAUUCCCAUACUUUAUAAAGGAAAUCGGCGAAACUGCUUUCAGAGUUAUCUCUGAUCCUUACGUCAGUAGUGAAUCUGGUACUGGUAUUGUCCAUAAUGCUGCUGCUUUUGGUGAGGACGAUUACAGAGUCUGCAUUGCUUUCGGUAUUGUUUCGGAAGAUGGUUACAUUCCAAAUCCUGUUGAUGACACAGGUAAAUUUACAGAUGUUGUUACUGAUUUUGCAGGCCAGUACGUUAAGGAUGCUGAUAAGGAAAUCAUUAAAGCGUUAACUGCUUCUGGCAACCUAUUGCUAGCAUCACAAGUUCGCCACUCCUACCCAUUCUGUUGGAGAUCUAACACACCAUUAAUUUACAAAACUGUUCCUGCUUGGUUCGUCCGCGUCAAGCCUAUAAUUCCGGAGUUUUUGGAUUCGGUUGCAAAGUCUAACUGGGUUCCUUCUGUUAUCAAAGAAAAGCGUUUUUCAUCUUGGAUUGAAAAUGCUAGAGACUGGAAUGUGUCUCGAAACAGAUACUGGGGUACUCCUAUUCCGCUGUGGGUAUCUGAGGACUAUGAAGAAAUUGUUAGUAUUGGUUCAAUUGCUGAACUCGAAGAGCUAUCUGGUGUUACCGGAAUUACUGACCUACAUCGUGAUACUAUUGACAAAAUCACUAUCCCAUCAAAACAAGGCAAGGGCACUCUGAGAAGAGUAGAGGAGGUGUUUGACUGUUGGUUUGAAUCUGGUUCCAUGCCAUACGCCUCUCAACAUUAUCCAUUUGAAAACAAGGAACGUUUCCCUGAAAGAGUUCCUGCUAACUUUAUUUCUGAGGGAUUGGAUCAAACGAGAGGUUGGUUUUACACUCUGGGUGUCUUAGGGUGUCACUUAUUUGGCUCUGUACCUUACCAGAAUGUUAUUGUUUCCGGUAUUGUCUUAGCUGCUGAUGGUAAGAAGAUGUCCAAAUCUUUAAAGAACUACCCUGACCCCAACAUUGUUAUCAAUCAGUACGGUGCUGAUGCCCUAAGACUUUACUUGAUCAACUCUCCUGUUUUGAGAGCUGAAUCAUUGAAGUUCAAAGAGGAAGGUGUCAAGGAAGUUGUCUCCAAGGUCUUGUUACCAUGGUGGAAUUCCUUUAAGUUCUUGGAGGGUCAAAUUACACUUCUAAAAAAGACUUCUGAAAUCGACUUUAAGUUCGAUCCAUCUGUCAGAAGUGAUAAUGUCAUGGACAAGUGGAUUCUCGCUUCCUUGCAAUCACUAGUCAAGUAUAUUCACACAGAAAUGGAAGCUUACAAGUUGUACUCUGUUAUUCCAAGAUUGUUGGAUUUCAUUGACGAGCUAACUAACUGGUACAUCAGAUUUAACCGUCGUCGUCUAAAGGGUGAAGAUGGGUUAGAAGACUGCUUAAAGGCCUUGAACACAUUAUGUGAAGCAUUAUUCACUUUCAACCGUGCAAUGGCUCCUUUUACUCCAUACUUGUCUGAAAGUAUCUACCUGAGAUUGAAGGAAUUCAUCCCAGAAGAAGUGUUAUCUCAAUACGGUGAUGACUCAAGGUCUUUACACUUCUUAAGUUAUCCUACAGCGAGAAAGGAGCUAUUCGAUGAGAAGAUUGAACUUGCAGUCUCUAGAAUGCAAGCAGUUAUUGAUCUCGGCAGAAAUAUUCGUGAGAAGAAAAUGAUCUCAUUGAAAACUCCACUUAAGAGCUUAGUUAUCCUACACGCAAACCAGGAUUACUUGGAUGACAUUGAAGCAUUGAAGAAGUACAUUUUUGAGGAAUUGAAUGUUCGUGAUUUGAUCAUUACCUCCGAUGAAGCUGCUUACAACGUCAAGUACAGCGCAGUAGCAGACUGGCCUGUCCUUGGGAAAAAACUAAAGAAAGACGUGAACAAAGUGAAGAACGCACUGCCCAAGCUUUCUUCAGAAGAAGUUCAACAAUAUUUGAACACCGGUAAGAUAGAAGUGGCUGGUAUUGAGCUAGUUAAAGGUGAUCUAUCUAUCAUCAGAGGUUUACCAGAAGAGCAAGUUCAAGAAGGCCAAGAGGUCAGAACCAACCAGGAUGUUUUGGUUAUCCUUGAUACCAAGAUAUAUCCAGAACUAAAAACCGAAGGGUUGGCUAGGGAAAUUGUGAAUAGAAUCCAAAAACUAAGAAAGAAGUGUGGUCUAGAAGCUACUGACGAUGUUGCUAUCCAAUACGAACUGGUUAAAGAUACUAUUGGUUUCGAGUCUAUAGUCCAAGAGCACUACCAAAUGUUGUCCAAAUCUUGCAGAAGUGAACUUGUGCUAUUUGAUGGUUCCAGAACCGAUGAGUUAGCCAACGAAGAGCAGUCGAUUAAUGACACCAUUUUCAAGCUACGGGUCUUUAGAUUGUAG